GUGAGGGCCCGCUGCGGAGAGAGCGGAGCAUCUGGAGGAGCGCUGGCCGGCCAGGGGGAGGCGGAGGACGGGGACGAGACUAGAGAGGAAGACGGAGGCUCCGGGUGGACGACACCGGAGCGAGAACGGGUCAGGUCCGGGACUCGGGAGGAGGGACGCCGGGAUGAAAGAGGGAUCAUCUCAUUUUUAAAUAUUUAUUUUUCUCUUCUUAUCUUCAUCGACGUGACACAUCAUCAUCAUCAUCAUCAUCAUCACCCCAAAGGCCCGCCCACCCCAUCGCCAUGCUGUCCAACGCCGUCCCCGACACCACAGGAAGCAGAAUGCGAGACAACGCGGUACGGGAAUUGGACCUGAUGACGGAUGAGGCGAACUGCACCGCGUCUGCGCACGCCAAGCUCGCACGGAAGCGGAAGCAACUUCCUGUAGAAAGCUGCAUUUCAUUCAACAACGAGGGCGCCAGGCCGCCAGCGCCGUCGUCCUACAACGGCGACAGAGACGGGCCGGAUUGGACGGAAGUGAAGAACGGGGUCCUCAGGGAGCCUUGGUCGUCUUCGUCACUCUCCUCCUCUUCCUCCUCCUGCCGAGCAGAGGACCAGACCCGGGCCCGGAGUCCUUCUCGGGAGGACAGACUCCGGCAGGACGACCGGGUGACGCCGCACAAGAAGCGAGGGAGACGGAAACUGGAGCGCCCGACUAAAUAUGUGGAGCACACGGACCAGCACCAGCACCAGCACCAGGACCAGGACCAGGACCAGGACCAGGACCAGGACCAGGACGGGAGUGAAGAGAUGAAAAUGGAGGGAGGUCGUGGGAGGCUGCGAGGGGGCGUGGCCUGGGAAGUCAGCCUUCGCCAGAGACCCGUGCCCAGAGUCACCUUCCAGGCUGGCGACCCUUAUUACAUUAGCAAGCGGACCAGGGAGGAGUGGCUGGCCAAGUGGAAGAUGGAGGCAGAGAAAAAGGCCAAACUGAUGCCAGCGAUGGACUCGAUAAACGACCCCGAGGAGGAGAAGGAGGAGGACGAGACGCAAAAACGGGAAGUCUCCCCAAGUCCGUGUUCGCCAUCCCCGCACAGUCCGCCUCGGCUGAAGCCGUCACCACAACAACAUCAGCAACAGCCUACUGACCCCGCCUCCCCCACUGUAGCCACUGCCCCUGGGCCCGCCUCCAACACAGGUGGCGACAAGACGUCCCCCAAGUCCGGAGACACUGAACCGGAGUACGAGGACGAUCGGGGUUUCGGCAUCGGAGAUCUGAUCUGGGGGAAGCUGCGAGGGUUCUCGUGGUGGCCGGGACGCAUCGUGUCCUGGUUGAUGACGGGCCACAGCAGAGCCGUGGAGGGGACCAGAUGGGUCAUGUGGUUCGGGGACGGGAAAUUCUCAGUGGUUUGCGUUGAGAAACUCUUGCCCUUCAGUUCCUUCAACACUGCCUUCCACCAGGCCACCUACAGCAAGCAGCCCAUGUACAGGAAGGCCAUCUCCGAGGUUCUCCAGGCGGCGGGCGGCCGAGCGGGCAAAAAGUUCGCCGCGCGCCCCGACGGCGAGGACCCGGAGACGUCCAAGUCGACGGAGGUCCUGAACAAGGAGAUGAUCGCCUGGGCUUUGGCGGGAUUCCAGCCCGCAGGACCCAAAGGUCUGGAGCCGCCGGAAGAGGAGCGUGACCCGUACAAGGAGGUCUACACGGGGAUGUGGGCGGAGCCUGAAGCGGCGGCCUACACGCCCCCGCCGGCUAAAAAGCCUCGCAAGAGCGCGCCGGAGAAAGCCAAGAACAAGGACGUGGUCGACGAAAGGACGCGAGAGCGCCUCAUUCACGACGUGAGACAGAAGGUCCACAACAUCGAGGACGUUUGCAUCUCCUGUGGAAGUCUGCACGUCAGCAUCCAACACCCGCUUUUUGCCGGAGGAAUGUGCCUGAACUGCAAGAACUGCUUCCUGGAGUGCGCUUACCAGUACGACGACGACGGCUACCAGUCUUACUGCACCGUCUGCUGCGGCGGGCGGGAGGUGCUCAUGUGCGGGAACAACAACUGCUGCCGGUGUUUCUGCGUGGAGUGCAUCAACCUGCUGGUGGGCCAAGGGGCCGCCCACGCCGCCAUCAGCCAGGACCCCUGGAACUGCUUCAUGUGCGGCCAGCAGGGGGCGUACGGCCUGCUGCUGCGCCGCGCCGACUGGCCCCGCCGCCUGCAGCACUUCUUCGCCAACAACCACGACCAGAAUUUUGAGUCGCCGAAGCUGUACGCCCCGGUGGUGGUGGAGCAGAGGAAGCCCAUCCGGGUGUUGUCGCUUUUUGACGGCAUCGCCACAGGGCUGCUGGUGCUGCGAGACCUGGGCAUCGAGGUGGGACGCUACGUGGCCUCCGAGGUGUGCGAGGACUCCAUCACGGUGGGGAUCGUCCGCCAUCAAGGCCGCAUCAUGUACGUGGGCGACGUGAGGACCGUCACACGCAAAAACAUACAAGAGUGGGGUCCUUUUGACCUGGUGAUCGGAGGAAGUCCUUGCAAUGACCUCUCCAUCGUCAACCCCGCCAGGAAAGGCCUUUACGAGGGAACCGGGCGCCUGUUCUUCGAGUUCUACAGACUGCUGCACGAGGCUCGGCCCAAGACGGGCGAAGAGCGACCUUUCUUCUGGCUCUUUGAGAACGUGGUGGCCAUGGGCGUCAGUGACAAGAGGGACAUUUCCCGCUUCCUGGAGUGCAACCCGGUGAUGAUCGACGCCAAGGAGGUGUCGGCCGCUCACCGCGCUCGCUACUUCUGGGGGAACCUCCCCGGCAUGAACAGGCCUCUGACGGCCACGUGCGGCGACAGGUUGGACUUGCAGGACUGUCUGGAGCACGGGAGAACUGCCAAGUUCGACAAAGUGAGGACCAUCACCACCAGGUCCAACUCGGUCAAGCAGGGAAAGGACCAGCACUUCCCCGUCUUCAUGAACCACAAGGAGGACAUCCUGUGGUGCACCGAGAUGGAGAGAGUGUUUGGCUUCCCAGUGCACUACACCGACGUGUCCAACAUGAGCCGGCUGGCCCGCCAGAGACUGCUGGGUCGCUCCUGGAGUGUUCCUGUCAUCCGACACCUCUUUGCCCCGCUCAAGGAUUACUUCUCCUGCUGCCAGUGAGCCAAACACAACUUGGACUCUACUUUCUGUCCUUCUCCUUCUGUCUCAACCCUCUGCCUUCUUUGUCCUGCUGGCCGGCGUCACAGGCCACACAACAGCGGAUCACAAAUACCUCUUAGCUCACUGUUAGCACACAGGUGGAGCUGACAACACGGUGCUAUGUAGUACUUACUGUAACCAUGACGACAUCCACAUUCCCACUGGUGCUCUUGAACCGCUCACUUGAAGACUUUUUGUGUAACUGUUAGCGUGCUAACUAUUAGCAUGCUAACAAGGGUGUGUGACGUUUACUCUUUUACGCUGUUAGCAUUUCCAGGUUAGCUAAAUGUGAGCGUGCUAACUGUGGGACAUUUACUGUUUUAUGUUACGGAUGCUAACUGUUAGCUGAACGUUAGCAUGCUAACAAGGGUGUGUGACAUUUACUCUUUUACGCUGUUAGCAUGUCCACGUUAGUUAAAUGUGAGCGUGCUAACUGUGUGACAUUUACUGUUUUAUGUUACAGAUGCUAAAAGUUAGCUAAACGUUAACAUGCUAACAAGGGUGUGUGACAUUUACUCUUUUACGCUGUUAGCUUGUCGACGUUAGCUAAAUGUGAAAGUGCUGACUGUGUGACAUUAGCGUGCUAAUGACAGGUCGUUUACAGUUUUAUGUUGCGCAUGCUAACUGUUAGCUAAAUGUUAGCAUGCUAACUACAGCAAGCUGUGUGUGACAUUUACAGUUUUAUGUUACACAUGCUAACUGUUAGUUAAAUGUUACGCAUGCUAACUGUUAGCUAAAUGUUAGCAUGCUAACUACAGCUAACUGUGUGUGACAUUUACAGUUUUAUGUUACGCAUGCUAACUGUUAGCUAAAUGUUAGCAUGCUAACUACAGCUAACUGUGACGUACAGUUUUAAGGUACGCAUGCUAACUGUAAGCUACAUGUUAGCGUGCUAACUACCGCUUUCUGUGUGACAUUUCCAGUUUUAUGAUACGCAUGCUAACUGUAAGCUAAAUGUUAGCAUGCUAACUACAGCUAACUGUGUGUGACAUUUACUAUUUCACGUUACGCACGCCAACUGUUAGCAUGUCGACAUUAGCUAAAUGUUAGUAUGCUAACUACAGCUGGAUGUGUGUGACAUUUACAGUUUUAUGUUACGCACGCUAACUGUUAGCAUGCUAACUACAGGUAACUGUGUGUGACAUUUAAAAUGUUAUGUUACAUAUGCUAACUGUUAGCUAAAUGUUAGCGUGCUAACUACAGCUAACUCUGUGUGACAUUUACUGUUUUACCUUACGCACGCCGACUCUUAGCAUGUCGACGUUAGCUAAAUGUUAGCAUGCGAACUACAGGUAACUGUGUGUGACAUUUACAAUUUUAUGUUACAUAUGCUAACUGUUAGCUAAAUGUUAGCAUGCGAACUACAGCGAACUGUGUGUGAAGUUUACCGUUUCACGUUGCGCACGCUGACUGUUAGCAUGUCGACGUUAGCUAAAUGUUAGCAUGCCGACGACAGCGUGUGACUUCUCCAGUUUCACGUUACGCACGCUAGCUGUUAGCAUGUCGACGUUAGUUAGAUGUCGGCAUGCUAAAGACAGUGUGUGACAUUUACUGUGCUACGUUAGGUACGCUAACUGUUAGCAUGUCGACGUUAGCACGCUAGCAACAGGCCUUUACUGUUUCAAGAACGUGGGCGGCUUCACAAAGUUCUACCUUUUUAUAGCCACUUUUUGUGCUGUUUUAUCAACAUUAUCAAGCACUUUUUUAAUUGAUACUUGAUUGUUUUAUUUGUAGAUUAUCGACAAGUCUUAUAUAUAUAAACAUACAUACACGUAUACAGGUAUAAAAUCAUGUUUUUGACUCCUCCCCCUAAAGAUUUGUCGCCUCACCCGUUGUCAUAGCAAUUACUCGUUCCCGCCAGGAAUGGCUACAAAAUUUACUACCACAAACUCGGACGUAAAGUUUCAAAACGCGCUAGCUCGAUGCUAAUAUACAUGGGAUUUGCCAUAGACAUGCUAAUGAUUAGCAUUAGCGAUUUUACAUGGCUGUUUCGACACGUCCACAUUUGUUAAUUAAUGAAAACUACAACUUGGACGAACUUACGCAGUCAAACAGCUGGUGAGUGAUAAGUGUGACACUUACGUUGUUAACACUUUCUGGGGCGCAACAAAAGACGAGAUUCAGCAGAGACUGACACACCGCUACUGCCAUCUAGCAUUUCGGAUUUGACACUGAAAUGGACUCAAAAAAACGCUCCAACAUAAGUAAAGUAAGGCUCUACUUUUACAAUCGAACACGCUAGCUUGAUGCUAAUAUACAUGGGAUUUUCCAUAGACAUGCUACUGAUUAGCAUUAGCGAUUUAACAUGGCGGUUUUACCACUUCCAAAUUCGGGUAAUGGAAGGUACAACUAAGAUGAAUGUCACAAUCAAACAGCUGGAAUACUUACAGUGUUAACACUUUUUAGGGCGCAACAUAACACACUCAGCUUCCUGGAAAGAGCUACUUCCCCCGUCAGACAACACAUACCAUAGAGAAACAAUUAAUAUUUAUUGACAAACACUGAAAAUUGGCACGGUUGAGUACCGGUAUCGAUUCUCGAGUACCAAGAAUUGCCACCGUAUCGGUCCGGAUGUGUGGUGAGUACCCCACCACACGUCAUACCAAAAUAAAACGUACGUCGGGUUUUCCAAAGCGUCACAGUACAUGUGAAUUCAUGCGCCGCUUCGGCGUUAUUGGCAGCGCUAAUAACGAAGGCCGGGUGUUGUUGACACAUUCUCUAUACAAGCCGCACACAGACUACCCUAAAGUACAUCAAAGUUUACUUUCAUAGUAUUGUCACUCGACAAGACGGCCAUGUUGGAAGUCGCCUCCGUGAACCGCAGCUCUACCCGUUGCCGGCAGGACUCGGGCUUUUGAUUGAUUGAUUGAAACUUUUAUUAGUAGAUUGCACAGUACAGUACAUAUUCCGUACAAAUGUUCACUAAACGGUAACACCCGAAUAAGUUUUUCAAAUUGUUUAAGCCCCUAACCCUAAACCACUCGCUCAUGUGGCCAGCGAGCCUAACAAUGACGGCCGGGUGUUGUUGACACAUUCUCCAUACAAGCCACACACAGACUACCCUAACUUACAUCAAAGUUUACUUCGAUAGUAUUGUCUCUCGACACGACGGCCAUGUUGGAAGUCGCCUCCGUGAACCGCAGCUCUCCCCAAUGCCGGCAGCACUCGCCCAGUGAGCCUAACAAUGACGGCCGGGUGUUGUUGAGACAUUCUCCAUACAAGCCGCAAACGGACUACCCUAAAUUACAUCAGUUUACUUCCAUAGUAUUGUCGCUUGACACAACGGCCAUGUUGGAAGUCGCCUCCGUGAACCGCAGCUCUCCCCAUUGCCGGCAGUACUCGGGCUUUUGAUUGAUUGAUUGAAACUUUUAUUAGUAGAUUGCACAGUACAGUACAUAUUCCGUACAAUUGUCCACUAAACGGUAACACCCGAAUAAGUUUUUCAACUUGUUUAAGCCUCUAACCCUAAACCACUCGCUCAUGUGGCCAGCGAGCCUAACAAUGACGGCCGGGUGUUGUUGACACAUUCUCCAUACAAGCCGCAAACGGACUCCCCUAAACUACAUCAAAGUUUACUUCGAUAGUAUUGUCGCUCGACACGACGGCCAUGUUGGAAGUCGCCUCUGUGAACUGCAGCUCUACCUGUUGCCGGCAGCACUCGCUCAGUGAGCCUAACAAUGACGGCCGGGUGUUGUUGACACAUUCUCCAAACAAGCCGCAAACGGACUACCCUAAAUCACAUCGACGUUUACUUCCAUAGUAAUGUCGCUCGACACGACGGCCAUGUUGGAAGUCGCCUCUGUGAACCGCAGCUUUACCCAAUGCCGGCGGCACUCGUGCAGCCCCACCGAGACACAACGAUCCUGACUUGUGUUGGCAGCUAGCUAGGCAGUGGAUGUCGCUUUACAAGCUGCACACUGACUACUCUCAAGUAUAUGACUCAGUUUUGUUUAUUUUUUUAGCAUAUCCUUCACAUUUUUUGUCCUAAAUGAAGCAUUUUCGAAACAUAAAAUGGCAAAAUGAAGUAAAAAUAUCCAUACCACGGUGCUAGAUGAGACCAUACCGGUGUGGUGACCACGGAUUGGCUCAGCCUUACUAUGUUGGACUGGAGGAGUGUCAAAGUGAUUAUUUGGGUGUUGUUGACUCAUAUAAAUGAAGCAUUUUCGAAACAUAAAAUGGCUAAAUGAAGUAAAAAUAUCCAUACGACGGUGCUAGAUGAGACCAUACCGGUGCGGUGACCACGGAUUGGCUCAGCCUUACUAUGUUGGACUGGAAGAGUGUCAAAGUGAUUAUUUGGGUGUUGUUGACUCAUAUAAAUUAAGCAUUUUCGAAACAUAAAAUGGCUAAAUGAAGUAAAAAUGUCCAUACGAUGGUGCUAGAUGAGACCAUACCAGUGCGGUGACCACGGAUUGGGUCAGCCUUACUAUGUUGGACUGGAGGAGUGUCAAAGUGAAUAUUUGGGUGUUGUUGACUUAUAUAAAUGAAGCAUUUUCGAAACAUAAAAUGGCAAAAUGAAGUAAAAAUAUCCAUACGAUGGUGCUAGAUGAGACCAUACCAGUGUGGUGACCACGGAUUGGGUCAGCCUUACUAUGUUGGACUGGAGGAGUGUCAAGGUGAUUAUCUGGGUGUUGUUGACUCAUAUUUAAAAGGUGCUAAAAUGACUUUUUUUAUGCUUUAGCUGUACAAAUAUUGGAUUGUGAUGAUCAAAUACUACUUUGUGGAAAUAUAUUUACCUGGAGCCAAUGAGCAAGGUCAUACUGUAUUUCCAAGUUCUACAGUAUUGUCUCUUAUCGAAGUCACACUGCCGUAAAAAAAAAAAAAAUAUGUAUGAGAAAAAAGAAGGAUGUACACACUUUGACAAAAUACUGCGUAGGUGUGUAUACCAUGAACUGUUCUUUGACAAAAUGUCAUCAUUUUCAUCAACAAAAAGGGAAUCAAGCUUGCUUUUUAUGAUAAAAGAUGUAUUAAAAUCACAGUAAAAGUUUUAUCCAUCCAUCCAUUUUUCUACCGCCUGUCCCUUUUGGGCCAAGUCACGGCUAAUUUUUUAUUAGCACAUUCUAAAAAUAGUUUUUAAAAAAGGUGACAUGUAACAGGAAAAAAAAGUUGCAAUGUUCACUAAAAACACAAAGCAUGGCAUUUUUAUUCAAGCUGUCAUUGCUAAAAAACAACAACAAAAAACAAUUAAUUAAAGUCAAUGUCGUUAUGAAUUACUAUGAAAUAUUUGUGGGGAAAAUAUUGCAUAUUUUGUGUGUUUUUUAACAAAAAAGGGCAUAAAAACAAAAAAAAUGAUCAACUUCAGUCGAAGACCGGGCGAUAAAACGAUAUCAACAUAUAUCGCGAUAGACACGUAAUCGAUAUCAAUAAUAAAAUGCGUUCAAUAAAACUUUUUUUUUUUUUCUCCUUUCUUCUUCGUGGGAAGAAUAAAGUGGAAGUUGUGAAGCAGGGAGUAGGGCUGUCACAAAAUUAUGUAUUUUAUUCUAAAUCGAUUCAUUAUUUUUCUUAAAUUUACUUAUUUUAUUUUUAUUUUUUUUCAAUUCGAUAUAGUCAAUAUUUUAAAAUGUUUUUUAAAAGUAGAGUUCCCCUAGAACAAGGGUAUCCCAAAAAUUUAAUGACACAUUCUAAAAAUACUAUUUAAAAAAAAAAAAAAGCAAACAGGUCGAAUAUAAGGGGAAAAAAAAGUUGCAAUGUUCACUAAAAACACAAAGCAUGGCAUUUUUAUUCAAGCUGUCAUUGCUAAAAAACAACAACAAUAAAUUAAAGUCAAUGUCGUUAUGAAUUAUUGAGGCUCCGGUUUGUCACUUUGAAAUAUUUGUGGGGUAAAAAAAUUGCACAUUUUGUGUGUUUUUUGACAAACGGGAUUAAAAAUUAAAUAAAAUAAAUAAAUAGAAAUAAAGACUAUAUUUAUUUUCGACAUAUUGAUCUGGAGCAGAGGUCCCCAAACUACGG